CUAUAAAGCUAAACACCCCGCAGCCGUUAGAGCCACACAUGAAAGAAACCCCAUCCACAAGUUGCUGUGAAAAUCGCUUAUUUUUCGAGAAUUCUCCUCUCUGCUUUCUUCCUUUUAUUUCUUCGUCUCUUACCAUUUUUCUCUUGCCCUCUUCUUCUUCUCCUUUUCAUAUAACAACAGGAAGAAGAACAAAGUGGCCAUAAUUCCAAAAUGGUUGCGGUCGUCGAGUCUAAUGCUAAUUCGAACGCGGGACACCUGAAUUCUGGUGGAAAUGAAAGUAUUGUUUUAAAUGGAACGAUUUCAAGAACCAACAGUGGCUUCUUUUCUCAAACAAUUACAGAGGAGCCCUGCAUUUCUUGUACCACUUUCAAUAUCCUGGCUCCAAUCUACAAACGACUAGAUCACCAGAACCAGAGUAUCCGUGAAAGCGAUUUCAGGGCAUUCUGGUUCACCAGGAACCAAAGGAUUUUGGAUUGGUUACUCAUCGAAAGGUCUUCCAUUAUAUGUCUCCAGGAAUUCUGGGUUGGCAAUCAAGAACUAGUGCAUAUGUACCAGGAGAGGCUUGGCGAUGCGGGCUAUAUAACCUUCCAGCUUGCCCGGACCAACAACCGAGGAGAUGGCCUGCUAACUGCUGUCCAUAAGGACUACUUUAGGGUUCUAAAUUAUCAAGAGUUGCUCUUCAAUGACUUUGGAGACCGUGUUGCUCAGCUGCUGCAUGUUCAGUCGGCGGUGCCCCUCAUGCAAAACCAAAAUGGAUUGGCUCAACAAGAAUUUCUUAUUGUGAAUACUCACCUGUUGUUUCCUCAUGAUUCUAGUCUGUCUAUUGUGAGAUUGAAUCAGGUUUACAAAAUACUACGGUGUGUGGAAACAUAUCAGAGAGAAAACAAACUAAGCCAUAUGCCCAUCAUUCUCUGUGGUGAUUGGAAUGGAAGCAAGCAUGGGCAUGUCUACAAAUUCCUUAGGUCGCAGGGAUUUGAUUCAUCAUAUGAUAUUGCUCAUCAAUAUACCGAUAGUGAUGCAGAUGCUCACAGGUGGGUGAGCCAUAGAAAUCACAGGGGUAACAUUUGUGGUGUCGAUUUCAUAUGGCUUCGAAAUCCUAUUAAAUCAAGGAAGCUGCUGAAGGCAAGUUGGGCUGAAGCAGUAUUUGGAAUAAUAAAGGGUCAACUCCUGAAAGCUUCACUGAAUGAAAGUGAUGCAUUUGCAUAUUUUAAGGCUGACGAGCCUGGUGAUUAUAUAACAUAUUCGGCUUUCUGUGAAGGACUGCGCCAGGUAAAUUUGAUUGGUCUCCCUUUUGGACUGAGUUUCCAGGAGACAAAAGAUCUAUGGAUCCUAGCAGACAUUGAUGGAAAUGGCAUUGUUGAUUAUGAAGAAUUUAAGCUGACGAUUUGGAGCUCAGCAUGUCUGGAGCAAGAGGAAGAUUGUGCUGCAAGUACAAAGGAGACUGAGCCAGGUGUAGAAGAAGCUAUCGGCUUCACUGUAAAAGAUGCUGCUCUUUUCCCCCGUGAAGCAGAGAAAGGGAUGUGGCCUGAAAAUUAUUCUCUUUCUGAUCAUGCUCGACUCACUGUUGUGUUUUCACCAGAAAGAAUGCAUAGCUCUCGGAAAAUCUUAUAAUCAACAAGGGUACGCUUGUGGAUCAAACUAGCACAAAAUGAUGUGUAGGGUAGAGUCCAGAGCGUGUAGAUGACAAAUAACUGUGCAUAGUUCAUAGGCAUCCCUUGUUGGGUUGCCUGUGUCUUCGUUGAUUAAAUUUUCCAUGUAAAAGUUUUGUAACUAGUUGUGAUCUAGCCUCUGCCAAAAUUUUCAGGUGGAGAAUUUUGUAUAUCCUAGAUUUCUAUUGUAAUGUGAAAUGCUUAGCAAAAACCUCUUUUGCAACUGCAAAGGGUAUAAAUAUGUGAUUAACCUAA